AUCACUAUAUGGUUCACUGUUUCUGCUUUCACACUACCAUGUUUUCACGGAAAUAACACCUACAGAGCAUUGAAAUCAAUCAAAAUAGAACAAUGAAUGACCGCGAACUUGAUCUCACAGAAGCGCAAAAGGCUAUCAAAUCAAAGUAUCCUCCCAUCACCAAGAAAUACGAGUAUCUUGAUCAUACUGCAGAUGUCCAGAUUCAUUCAUGGGGUGAUUCUCUGGAAGAGGCUUUUGAACAGUGUGCAAUGGGGAUGUUUGGCUACAUGACGGACACCGAAACUGUUGAACCCACUGACACUAUAGAAGUAGAUUCAGAAGGAGAUGAUAUGGAGUCACUCCUUUUUCAUUUUUUGGAUGACUGGCUCUUUAAAUUCAGCGCUGAUACCUUCUUCAUUCCCAGGGAAGUGAAGGUUUUGAACAUAGACCGAAUGCGCUGGAAAAUCCGCUCGAUUGGGUGGGGUGAAGAGUUCAACAUAAAUAAGCAUCCGCAGGGAACAGAAGUGAAAGCAAUCACCUACUCUGCUAUGCAAGUACAUGACACGGAGAAACCAGAUAUCUUUGUCAUCAUCGAUAUUUAAAAAACAAAAAUACAAGUUACAAGUUAAUUUAAAGCCUCAUGUUAAUUGACGUGAUUUUAAAAGAUUGUACCUUCUUGUUGGAAUACACAUCUGAGAGGUUUCUUUUCUGUAAACUAUGAAAUGUUUUGUGGAUUACAUGGCUGAAAUACUUUUUUUGGUCUGAUUUUCAUUAUUAAUAAUG